UCCCGCUCUCUGGGUACCAGACCCCAGCAGAUUUAAUAUGAAAUAAACAGUUCACCUUGUUGUGUUUUCUAUUUUCUCUCCAGAUACCUGAGAGCGCUGUACCUGGGCCUGCAGAGCCGAUGGCAAUCCGAGCAGCAGAGCCGACACUUCUACUGGCGCAUGAUGUUCGAGAGUGCUGACAUCAGCAUGCUGCGACUCCUGGAGACCUUUCUGAAGAGCGCCCCCCAGCUGGUGCUGCAGCUCUGCAUCAUGGUGCAGCAAGGCCACGUCGAGCCCCUGCAGGGUCUGUCCGCCUCUGCCUCUCUGCUGUCUCUUGCCUGGAUGAUUGCUUCUUACCAGAAGGUCCUGAGGGAUUCCCGUGAUGAUAAGAUGCCCAUGUCCUACAAGGGGGCAGUGGUGCAGAUCCUGUGGCAUCUCUUCACCAUUGCGGCCCGAGCUUUGGCGUUCUCCCUCUUUGCUUCUGAGUUUCACCUGUACUUUGGCAUUUUCAUAGUGACCCACUGGUGUCUCAUGACCUUCUGGAUCAUCCAAGGGGAGACAGAUUUCUGCAUGUCUCGCUGGGAGGAGAUAAUCUACAACAUGGUGCUGGGUAUCAUCUACAUCUUCUGCUGGUUCAAUGUGCGAGAGGGUCGGACUCGCUGUAGGAUGACUUCGUACUACAUCAUAGUUCUGACCGAGAAUGUGGUUCUCACGGUUUUGUGGUAUUACAACCGUAAUAACUCCCCACUCGGUGACUUCUACGCGCUCCUCAUUGUUUGCUCAGUCUUCUGUAGCUUUGCUCUCGGCGUCUUCUUCAUGCUGCUCUACUACAGUCUCCUCCAUCCCAAUGGCCCGAUGUUUGGGCCAUCCAGCAGCAGCUGUGUCUUCACCGAGGGCCCUGAGGCUCCGCAGGCCCCUUUAUCAGAAGCCACAGAGAGCCUUCCCCGUACUUUGCCACGGACUACAGAACAUGAAAGGGACAUGGCACCGGGAGACAGGGACAGUUGCGGUCCAGUCUUCCAAGUGCGAUCUAGCAUUCCGCCAACGCCUGUGACGAGACUUCCACGGGCUCAAGGACCUGUCAUUCGUAUAGAUCUUCCACGUAAAAAGUACCCUGCCUGGGACGCUCAUUUUAUCGACCGGCGCCUUCGGAAGUCUAUAUUGGCUCUUGAAUAUACCUCUCCGGCCACUCCCCGCGUUCAGUAUCGUAGUCUAGGGACCUCACAAGAACUAACGGAGUAUGAAACCACAGUGUGACUUAUUCCAUGGGUAAUAGGGCACAGGAAAGACUGUGUGUAAUCAAACUGUGGAGUACGGCUAGUCAAUGAGCGGCUCUACACAGUUUGCAAGGGUCAAGUAGACGGUGGAACGGUCAGCUUCAGAGUAUAGAUAGCUCUGUAAAAUCAUGGGCUAUUCUACAGGUCAUUUGAAGUAAGGAUUUUGCAAAGGUUUGUAAUGCAGAAUACAAUAUCAGUUGGGCAGUAGGAUGGGAGCAUGGUCAGUCAAACACAACUGAACAUGGAGAAGGUGCUCCGAUGGGUCCAGAGGGUCUUCUAUCAGCAUAUAUCAGUCACAGCAGACCCAUCGGGGCUCUCUGAAGCCAUAAUUGUGGUAUCACUUGUUGUCUGUGAGCUCUGUAAAGAGUUAAGUCAAACCCAGACGCCCAACAAUUUUAUGGCAGUGGUUAGGCAGUAUUUCAAGACGGUUCAGGUGGGAAUGUACUUUGGUGAAAGAACGAGGGACUUCAGCCUAAGACCAGUGCUUGAAGCCCAGUUCCUGUACACUUGGUGCUACACAUUGCGGUAUGUGUUUUGGUAUAACUGGUGGCAUAUCGUCUGCAAGUGCUCACCCAGCGUCACUGUAGAUAGUGUCGUUUUGUGUAUACGGUUGUAAAUAACCAUUUCUAUUUAAAAAUUUGGAAACACGAGGAUCAGUGACUGUUUGCUUCUUAUGUAUAGCACAGUAUGAGCCACCACGUACACGGUUAUUGGCAAAACUGGCAAUAUAGUGAAUGAUUAUCAUAGUGCUUCCAAUUUAUUUCUUUUUUUCUUUGGGUUCAAUGUUUAUUUUAAAUUUUUUUAGGUCAACUUGGUACAGCACCCUAAAUAAUGAGUAUUCACUAAAUAUCAGAUCUUGGUUUUUAGAAGAGCAAAUGUACCCUCCAAACCGACAGUGUUUUCUAUUUUACCCAUUUAUUCAGUCGCUCCUUUAAUAUUGAAUGCAAAGCUCCGUGAGCACCAGUUCUUGGGCCCCGUACACACG